AUGGCGCUACCAAGAGGGAAAGGAUGCCUGUCGUGCACCACCGUGCUGUGGUACAUCACUUUCGUGGGCUGUGGAGUCAACUACAUGAUCAGGAGCAACAUAAACAUCGCGAUUGUCGCGAUGGUGAAGAAACGCCCGUCAGACGGGAGUGCAGUGGCUAGCGAGUGCUACCAUUUGGAUUUCAACUUGACCGGAAACUACUCCCUCAACGAGAGCCUUUCUCAGGUCGAACUGAUCGACGUUGAUGAUGAGAUAAGAUUUGACUGGGACGAACAUCAGCAAAGCGUUGUCAUGGGAGCAUUUUUCUGGCUGUACUGGGCAACGCAGGUGCCUGCAGGAAUGAUGGCUCAAUACUUCGGUUCGAAGAAAGUGUUUGGUAUCGGCAACCUUAUGGUUUCCAUAACAACACUGCUGAUACCACUUUCUGCAUCACUUGACUACAGGGCUCUGGUAACCCUGAGGGCUUUCCAAGGAGUUUGUGGGGUGGGUACACCAUUUAUAAGAAGUAGUGUUAAAGCAGGUGGCUAA